GGGGGUCCCCACGGGGGAAGGGGCAUCGCCCGUGGCCGUGGCGUCUGGGCCGCUGGAUGGAAGCGAGCUGGGUGCCGGCUGCCAUGGCUCUGGGGCUCUCCUCCAAGAAAGCUUCCUCCAGGAAUAUCGCCGUGGAGAGGAAAAACCUCAUCACCGUCUGCAGGUUCUCGGUGAAGACCCUUCUGGAGAAGUACACGGCGGAUCCCAUCGACGACUCCUCCGAGGAGUUCGUUAACUUCGCUGCCAUCCUCGAGCAGAUCCUCAGCCACCGCUUCAAAGGCCCCGUCAGCUGGUUCAGCUCUGAUGGACAGCGUGGGUUUUGGGAUUACAUCCGCCUGGCCUGCAGCAAGGUCCCAAACAACUGCGUCAGCAGCAUCGAGAACAUGGAGAACAUCAGCACCUCCAGGGCCAAGGGCCGGGCCUGGAUCCGCGUGGCGCUGAUGGAAAAGCGAAUGUCCGAGUACAUCUCCACGGCCCUGCGGGACACUCGGACCACCAGGCGGUUUUACGAUGACGGGGCCAUCAUGCUGCGGGAGGAGUCCACGGUGCUCACGGGGAUGCUCAUUGGGCUCAGUGCCAUUGACUUCAGCUUCUGCCUGAAGGGAGAGGUGAUGGACGGUAAAACGCCCGUGGUCAUUGACUACACGCCCUAUCUGAAGUUCACGCAGAGCUAUGACUACCUGAGUGAGGAGGAGGAGCGGGGCAGUGUGGAGAGCAGCACGAGCGAGGACAGCUCACCUGAACACCCCUACCUGCCCCUGGUCACCGACGAGGACAGCUGGUACAACAAGUGGCGCAAGAUGGAGCAGAAAUUCCGCAUUGUUUAUGCCCAAAAGGGGUACCUGGAGGAGCUGGUGCGGCUGCGGGAGUCACAGCUGAAGGACCUGGAGGCAGAGAACAAGCGGCUGAAGCUCCGGCUGGAAGAGGUGAUGGUGCAGAAUCAGCUGGAGAAGAGAGAGCUGGAGGGUGUCAUCCUGGAGCUGCAGGAGCAGCUGACGGGGCUGAUCCCGUGUGAGAACCCACAGCUGGCUCAGCUCUCCAAGGAGAUGGUGACACCCCUGGUCAAUCAGUGGCCCUCUCUGGGGACCCUCAAUGGCAACGAGAGCGGCUCGGACAGCAAACUGUACAGAAGGGAAGGACCCCAUGCCCUCCAUGCUGGGGCUCUGCGGCUCCCUGGCCUCCCUGCCCAGCUGCAAGUCCCUGGCCAGUCUCAAGUCCAACGAGUGCCUGGUGAGCGACAGCACGGAAGCCAGCCCGACCCGCAGCCCCAGCUGAGAGCCCCGGCCCCCGCGCCGCCCCCCGGCCCGGCCGCCCGGCCCAGGACUGAGCUCGGCCCGCCCUCGCCGCCCCGGCGACAACCAGGGACUCGCCGAACCCACCGGGGAGGCUGGGGACUGGCGUCCCCCUCCCCAUCUUGAGACCCCACCACGGCUGCGCCUCGGCCCCCCAGCCUGGACCCCGGCUGGAGACAUGGACCUGCUGGGAUGGGGGAUGCAGGACCGGGACCCAGGCGAGCUGGGGAUGGGGGAACGAACUGUGCCAUGGUGGGGGGGACAUUGGGAGCGACAGCUGCUGGGGAGCAAGGGGGUGAGAGUCCAUCACGGCCCCGCUGUCCGUCCUGCUCGGUCCUUGGUGCCCGCCCGGGCUGCGCCUGCCUGGCCUCCCCCCUGCACUGGGAGGGGUGCCUGUCCCCCCUUGCAGCAGCAUCCCCACAACAGGGGUAGGACUCUUCUUCCCCCUUCCUCCCCUGGGCUUUUGGGUUGUUUUGGGUGAUUCUGGUUUUUAUUUCAGCCCCAUCUGCCUUGUUGGAGCAAAAGGAAUCAAUAAACGCAGCAAGCAGA